AUGGCGCGAAAGGAUUUCAGCUUGCCGAAAGACACCAAUCAGAUCGAGGAGGCGAUUCUCGCGAAGAUCCAACAGCGAGUGCACAGUCGAACGACUGAGGAGAACUUCCUGGCAAGGGAUCUUCGGCAUCACGAUCUCUCUGGCACUGGAUGGCUCGAACCGGCCACCUUCCUGCGCGCAUUCUUGCCCUACAGCGCCGGCGUCAGCGAGAAGGACCUGCGUGCCAUCUUCGACCGCUACGCCGAGGAGGGGCUUCUGCCGAUCCGGCCCUUUGCGGCCGAGUUCACCAGCGGCGUGCGCCGCGAGGCUGAAGGCGGAAACGGCCUGGGCAAGGAACUCGAGGAGGAGGGACCGGAGGCCUCGGAAGCACCGGAGGAGAUCCUGGAGAAGAUGAAGGACUCCCUCUAUGAGAGUCCCCGCGGCAUGACCUCCCUGGCUGCAGCCAUCCGAGAUGCAGAUCCGCAAAAUGCCCGAGUCAUCAGCUUCGAGGUCUUUCAGAAGGUCCUUGGCGACUUCUUCCAGGACUUGCAGGUGAGUGUUGGGGACCUCCGCGCCAUCUUUGACCUCUUUCGUCAGCCACACGUGAACCAGCUCCCCUACGAUGAGUUCUUUCUGGCUUUGAAGGAGGAGAUCAGCCAAGAAAGGAGGGCUGCCAUUCGCCAGGCCUUCCGGCGCCUGGAUGUGGCCUCGGAGGGGCUGGUGGAUCUGGGGGUCCUGCUGCGCUCCUUCAACGCGAACCGCCACCCUCAGGUGUCUGCUGGCACUCGCACAGCAGAGGAGGUUCUUGAAGAGUUCGCAGACACCUUGAAGGAUCAUAUCAGCUUCCGGCGCGGCCAGCGCUCCUACCCAACGAACUUAGUCGCCUGGGAGGAGUUCGAGGACUACUACAAGUCAAUUAGUGGCUGCUUCGCCUCGGACGAGGACUUCACUUCGGUUCUGGCAAAGGUCUGGGACCUGGACAAGGCCUUCGACGCCGCGGUGGAGACGCGCGCAGCGUUGGCUCGGCCCGCUGCGGGGGCUCCGCAAAAAGUCCGAACAGGCCUCCACCACUGGCAGACCAACACGCUGCCAAUGACUGUCACGCACCACAAAGUGGACAUGGUGACAAAGAUCGAGGAUGUGAUGCAGCGCACGCGGGCUCAAAUUACAAGGCGUGGCCUUCGGGCCGCUGUCGACGUGGUCCAGCACUUCUAUGCAGCGGACGACGACGUGGACGACCAGUUGGACACGUACGAGUUCCGACAAGCCUGCCGGAAGGCUGGGCUCAGCUUCCGCGAAGCCGAAGAGGCCUCCAUCUUCGAGGCAUGUGCCGAGACCAAGGGCAAGCUCCAGCUGCCCGUCUUCCUGAAGCUCCUCCAUGGGGAGCUGUCAAAGGGUCGCCGAGGUCUCGUGGAGCGAGCCUUCGCUGUCCUCGGAGGCGAUCCGGGAGAUCCUCGCUCCGUGGUGAGCCCCGCGACGCUGAAGGAGCGCUUCGUGGCGCAGGCGCACCCCUUGGUGGUCCGCGGCCAGCUGGAGCCUGGAUACGUCCUGGCGGAGUUCCUGGACACCUUCAGCCAGCUGGCUCACGUACUCGGGGGCUGUGAGAACGGCAUGGUCUCCUUUGCGGACUUCCUCGCCUACUACGAGGUGGUUUCCUCCACCGUUGAGAACGACUCGCUCUUCGACCUCGUCGUGCAGCGCAUCUGGGACCUGCCUAAGGUCGAUGCGGCCGCUCAGGGCUACGCGGCAGGCGGGGAAUCGCCGAGGCGCUCCCGCGUGAGCUUGGAGCAACCGGUUUCGCCCAUGGCGGAGCGGAGGCCUCCAGCACAUGCAGGGCCUUCGGCUUAUGCAGUGGAAAGCCCACGGGGUCCCAAGCAGGACCACAAGCGCUUCAGCCGCGGCCCACAGGCCUCGGCCAUCACCAAGUCCUCCAUCGUCUUCAACGAGCGGGGGAGCUCCCUCACCGAGGUGCUCGAAAGGCUGCGGCGCAGCAUCGCCCUGCGAGGCCUCCGAGGCUGGCUUGCUGUGGUUCAGCGGUUCCAGAACUUCGACUAUCGGAGGAAUGGGACCAUCAUGCGCCUGGACUGGCAGCGCUUGAACCGCGUGCUGGGCCUGGGCCUCUCGCCGGAGGAUCAGGAGCUCCUCUUCAAGGAGCUCUCGCAGAAGAAGAAAGGUGCAGCCAUGGAUUACCUCCAGUGUCUGCACUUGCUACGAGGGGACAGCCUCGAAAAGGACCGCGAGCAGGCCGUGGAGCAGCUCUACGAGGCCUUGGGCAGCGGUUCCCAGGUGACGGCGCAGACGCUGAAGAACAGGUUCGACGCAUCCAGCGCCCCGCAGUGCCUUCUGCGAAGGAAAGAUCCCAGGCAAGCGGAGCAGGAGUUCUUCGAUGCCGUGGACUUCUUUGCAGCAGGCUCGGCUUUCGAUUUCGGGAAGUUCCUGGACUUCUUCCGAAUGGUUUCCGCCGUCCACGAGGACGACGACGAGUUCCGGCUGAUGACCUCCAGCGCCUUUGGAGCCUAG